UUGGCGCGGGCGGAGGCCGGUGUGGGGCGCGCUCUCCGGUGGGAGAGGGCUCCCGUCUGCGCCGCGGGACCCGCGAGCGAGUGUCCACACCGGAGGCGGGGAACCGACGAAAGGUGUUCCCGGGAAGAUGGCGGUGGAGGACAGCACAGUGCAGGUGGUGGUCCGGGUGCGGCCCCCCAACCCUCGGGAGUUGGAGAGUCAGCGGCGCCCGGUGGUUCAGGUGGUGGACGAACGGGUGCUGGUGUUUGAUCCUGAGGAGCCUGAGGUGGGGUUCCCAGGCCUGAAAUUAAGCAGCACCCAUGACGGCCCCAAGAAGAAGGGCAAAGACCUGACGUUUGUCUUUGACCGCGUCUUUGGUGAGGGGGCCACCCAGCAGGACGUGUUCCAGCACACCACCCACAGCAUCCUGGACAGCUUCCUCCAGGGCUACAACUGCUCAGUGUUUGCCUACGGGGCCACUGGGGCUGGGAAGACACAUACCAUGCUGGGAAGGGAGCGGGACCCCGGCAUCAUGUACCUGACCACCAUGGAGCUAUACCGACGGCUAGAGGCCCGCCAGGAAGAGAAGCAGUUCGAGGUGCUCAUCAGUUACCAGGAGGUGUACAAUGAGCAGAUCCACGACCUCCUGGAGCCCAAGGGGCCCCUUGCCAUUCGGGAGGACCCCGACAAGGGCGUGGUGGUCCCAGGACUUUCUUUCCACCAGCCAACAUCAGCCGAGCAGCUGCUGGAGAUGCUGACCCGGGGCAACCGUAACCGCACGCAGCACCCCACUGAUGCCAAUGCCACUUCCUCCCGCUCCCAUGCCAUCUUCCAGAUCUUUGUGAAGCAGCAGGACCGGGUUCCCGGACUGACCCAGGCCCUUCAGGUGGCCAAGAUGAGCCUGAUUGACCUGGCUGGCUCGGAGCGGGCGUCCAACACCCGUGCGAAGGGGGAGCGGCUGCGGGAAGGUGCCAACAUCAACCGCUCCCUGCUGGCCCUCAUCAAUGUCCUCAAUGCCCUGGCCGACGCAAAGGGCCGCAAGUCUCACGUGCCCUACCGGGACAGCAAGCUGACACGCCUGCUCAAGGACUCCAUCGGCGGCAACUGCCGCACAGUGAUGAUUGCCGCUGUCAGCCCCUCCAGCCUGGCCUACGAGGACACUUACAACACCCUCAAGUAUGCUGACCGCGCCAAGGAGAUUCGACUCACGCUGAAGAGCAACGUGGUCAGCCUAGACUGUCACCUCAGCCAGUACGCCACCAUCUGCCAGAAGCUCCAGGCUGAGGUGGCCGCACUGAGAAAGAAGCUCCAAGUGUAUGAGGCAGGAGCCCGGGCCUCACAACAUUCCCUCCCAGCAUCCUCUGCACCCGGCACACCACAGCACUCCCCCGUGCCCCCCCACCCCUCCAAGCAGUCCUGCUCCCAAGAGUUCCACAAGGGGUCUGGAGCCCUUCAAGAUGAGAGUCUGGAGACAGCAGCCCAGGAGGAGAGGGCUGGGGAAGGGCAGGAGCGGCCCUCAAAGAACAAGGACGAAGGCCCAGCCAAGGAGCUUCCAAGCCAGAUGCCAGAGCGGAGCUUCGGACACCCCCUGCCGGAGUCCCCCAGCCUGAUCCUGCAGCCCAGGCCAGCCGUGGACCACCUCUCACCACAGAAACCAGACAGAGGUGGUUCUCAGCGGUUGGCCCUGCAGGUGCUGCGCCUGGCCCAGCGGCAGUACUCCCUGCUCCAGGCAGCCAACCUCCUGACCCCCGACAUGAUCACUGAGUUUGAGAGGCUGCAGCGGCUGGUGCAGGAGGAAAAGACAGAGCCUGGGACCUACACUUCCAGGACUCCCAGCCUGGCCAGGGAGGUAGCUCUGCCUCAGGCGCUGUGUUCAGAGUUAGAGUCUCCAGGAUAUUCUGGCCCUGUGACCCGGACCAUGGCAAGGCAAUGGGGCGGCCUCAUGCACACACUGGGGAUCCCAUCCAGGCCUGACUACACCCCAACCCAAGCAUCCCGGGGACCCGCAGAGAAGAAGAGGAGGAGACCAAGUCCCUCAGAGCCAGACAGUCCCCCAGCCCCAAAGCUGGAGACCAAGCGCCAGCGCCAGUCCUUUCUGCCCUGCCCUAGGAGGGGGUCUCUGCCUAAGGCCCAGCCUUCGUUCGGACCCAGCACCCCGAAAGGGCAAAGGGCCUCCUCCCCCUGCCAUUCCCCUCGCUUCUGCCCAGCCACGGUCAUCAAAAGCCGGGUGCCCUUGGGCCCUUCCGCCCUGCAGAACUGCUCCACCCCCUUGGCCCUACCUGCUCGGGACCUCAACGUCACCUUUGAUCUCUCUGAGGAGCCCCCCUCACAACUUGAUUUCCAUGAAUACACUGGCUGGGAAAAAUUUCCCCCAGAACUGAAGAGGCUGGACCAGCCAUUCAUUCCCAGUGCACCUGAGCUGCCGUUCCCCAUGAAGGGCCCCAAGCCCGUGUCUUCCCUCCCUGGGACCUCAGCCUGCAAGAAGAGGCGCACUGUGAGUUCCUCAGCCUCCCGGGGCCGCAGCCGCAUUGCCCGCCUCCCUAGCAGCACCUUGAAGAAGCCAGCUGGGCCCCUUGCAAUCCCAGAACCACCCUUGAGCCCCCGCUGCCCUGGCGACCAGAGGAGCCAGAAGGAACUCACUGGGUUUGGGGGAGUGCUGUCAGCCGGGAGCUGCAUCGCCAAGGUGUCCUGACCACCAGGCCGCCUUGACCCACCAGCUUCUCUGGACUGGACGGCCCUGCUUGUCCCUGGGGCCACCUGUACCAGAGCCCCGUCUGCCUUCUUCACCUGGAAGAAAUCGAUGCCCACGCCUUUCUUUCAUUAACAGCCCUCCCUGCCAAGCCCUUCCCGCGGCUGCUCACCCUGCAAUCCCUUGUCACACUCAGCUUCUCAGUGAGCACAUAUUUGUUGGUGAGUGUUAAUGUGUUGCUAUUUUAAAGGGUGCUACCAUGCCCCCCUCCCCACCACCCCUUUCUGACGCCCUUGGUGCAGGCGGGCAGCUCUUUGAGCCUCUUCCCCCACCCCCAGCGUCUAACAGCACUCUGUACAGAGAUGGCCGCUUCAUGGUGGCCAAAGGAUGAGCUUGCGCUGGGGGUGUGCUGGGGAGUCCCAGCCUGGCUGCUCUUGGUUUCCGAAAGAUGGGGUGACUUAGCCCCACUCCCCCCAGCCUGGAGCAGGAGCCCCAGUCCGGCUGCUAUCCUGGCCGUGAUGCAGCUCCUGAUGGUGCCUUGGUUCCCAGUCAGACAGCUUUAUUGUUUCACUCAUUGUCAAAGGAAUCUACAUUCAGUGUAGAAAAAAAGGAAAAAGAAAAAGAAAAAGGAAGAAGUCAGCCUUGACUUGCACCUCGAUACAAAUGCUGUCAAUGCUCGGGUGUGUGCUGCUCUGAGCUUGUGCUUCAGCGCACCUGUGUGUAUAUGCGUGCACAGGUGGAGUUUUUAUUAUAAUGACCAAUAAACCUUCUCCGUCCUCCGUGGUUUUCCCUCUCUGCCCUCAGGUAGGAGAGCAAGCUUCUUCCUUACCUCCCUGCUCUCCCGCAGGGAACUCCUGCAGCUCCCACAGCCCCACGCCUCACCUCACAGCCCAGCCUCUCCUAAGGGCCUCUGCUCUGGGGUUGGCAAGGAGCUGCUACACCUAAAGGCAAGAGGCAGGAUCCUGGGUGUGGGUUGCUAGGGGUAUGUUUUUGGCGGUUUUUUUGUUUGUUUGUUUGUUUUCCUAAUUUGCAUUUAUUUAGAAAGAACAGAAAUCCAGAUCUCCCAUAUGUUGGUUUACUCCCUGAAUGCCCACAAUAGUGAGGCACGAGCCAGGCUGAAGCUGGGAGCCAGGAACUCCAGCCAGGUCUCCCAUGUGAGUUCUGAGCUCCUGACUGCUUGAAUCCUCACGGUUGCCUCCCAAGGUCUGCUUUGGCAGGAAACUGGAGUCAGGAACCAGAGCCAGGUGUCAUGGGCAUCUUAAUUGGCAUAUUGGCUGCUGAGCUAAAUUGUCCCCAGGGGAGGGCAAUUUUUGUGGCCCCCAAGUCUUAAGCAAGGCUCCAAGCAGAGCCUCCACUAGCGUGAGCCCAGUGCUACCCGCUCCUGCCCCGACCCCAGCUCGUGACCUUUGUCUUCACUCACUUGCAACGUGUGACAGCUCAACACAGUUUCUCUCUGGUCUCUUGUGAAGACAUGGGUGACUGAAUGAAUUAAUAAUGUCAGAUUACAAGAAUCUGUGUUUAACUUGUUUCUGAAAACAAACAUGUUAAGGGUAUUUAGCACAUUGUGGGUUGCAAGUAAACAAUGCUGCUAAUUUCCAAGGAGUCCUAGCUGUUCCAGGGGGCGGCCUCCCCUCCACCUGCUGGGCCCCUCCACUCCCACUUCCACUGCAUUUUUGGAGGAAAAGAGAAGACAAGGAGAAGCCUGGACGUCUACCCGGCUGCCAGGCAUCCUUCCGAAGCUGCACAGCCUUCUGGGUAGAUAAUGAGGAGCCAGACUCAAGAAGGCUCCCCACACUCGCCCAGAGUCACACAGCCCUGCUCGGGAUCCGACCCCGGUCUAGUUCUUUGCGUGGCACCAAGUGCUUCCCUUCGGGAGUGAGCAGACCUCGUUCCUCACACGCCUGGGGUCCCCUCCUCUCCAAUUAGUCUUAAUGAGCCUUUCUCCCCUGUGUGCUGUGACUCCCGCUACGGCUUCACAUCCGCAGCCCUGGCGGCCUGGCAUGGUGCCUUUGACCUCAGGAGGCCUCGCUGGGUCGUUGGUUGGAUUCAAAUUGAAUAAUUUCCCCAUUUCCUGGGGCCCUCACAUCUAUCAUCUCGUUUGAUCAUCAUCGUCACCCCCGCAAGCACAGAGGCAGCCGGCACGAGCAAGGCGGCUGGUAACAAGGGCCAAGAGGGCGUCCUCGGCACAGUGGGGUCCAGCACGCAGGGCAGCGCCGGCUGGGGCCGGGGCAGCCACCAGCAGAAGAGGUCGCGCCCACCAAGGAGGUUCUGCAGCCAGCCAUUCACUCUGCAAACAUCCGAGGUGCAAAAUGUGCUCCCAGGCAACCCAUUAACUGUACAAAGAGACGGUGCUGAUGGAGUUAAGCACGCCUGACUCCUGCCCUCAAUCAUGGGAGGUCAGGCCGAGAGCUCACUGCAGGGUGGCCUGCGCACCCAGGACACAGCCUGGCUGCUCUGAGCUUCACAGGGAGCCGACAGCCAGCUCGCAGCUGACCUCCACACUGUGCUGGGCUCUGAGAUUGGAUUGUUCUUACCCAGACAGAGUCGUCCGCAGGCCACAGCGAUCGAUGGGCACUGCAGGUCCAGCCUGGCCCCAGGCCCUCGCUCCUCCCCCCUCCUGCCCCUCACUCCACUUCGCUGAGUUUGGAAGUCCUCACACCCACUUCCUGCUUCUGCCUCGACCCCCACCCUAGCGUCCAAAUUCCUGCCCGGCUCACAGAACCAACCUCAGUGCCAGGAGCUGAAAACCCAAGAACAAGACAGUCCCUGAGUGCGGCAAAUGGGUAGUGCCUGUCCCUGGUGCCUGAGUGUAAGCCAAAACCUCUGCCAGUACUGGGACCUGUCGACGAGAGGACUGGGCUUCCUCUCUGGGACUCCUACACCCAGCUGUCAGCCUGGUGCCCAUCAGGGGACUUCGUCUCCACCUGGGGAGCCUCGUUGCUCGGGAAGCCUGCUGCCCAGAGCCCUGCGAUGUCAGCAGUGUCCCUCUGGCUCUUGCCUAAGUUCAGGGGGCCUGGUCCCCAGGCAGAAUCUAGUUCAGGGUCCUCUCCCUCCUCCUCUAUGGAUCUCUGGUGAAGAGGGGCCAGGAGGGCCUUGGAUGAAGGCUGUGGGGGUCAGGAAGGGACCAGAAUCGCCCCUGAAACCCGAUGUGCAUGGCUGUGUUCUCCAGCUCCCCCCAAGGACUCCCCUCAGCUCGCCGACAGCCCUCCCACCCCCAUUCUCCAGUGCCUUCUGUCCAUUUGCAGGAUUGCUGGGUUAGAAAUAACAGGCUGUCCGCCAGCCCUCUCCUCCCGCCAGGGCCACAUCUGGUCCCCGCCUCCUGCCCUCCCAGAGGGGGGACCGAUCAGGCAGGAAGAGGAGGGGAGCGUGGAACAGAGCAGAUCGCGGAAAGCAAUUAAAAAGGCGAUCUCAGGGUUAGAGGCUGGGAGUGGGGGCGGGCUGGGCAGUGGGCCGAAUGGGGAGAAGCCAGGGAGGAAGGACCUGAGCUUAUUAACCCCUGCACAGCAGCCAGGCUCUGGGGAGCGAGUGAGCCGAUGCCUCCAACUACAGACCAAGGGGGACCAGGGCAGUAAGGGAGCAGGCAGCCUGGGGUCAGCAAGAAUGAUUCUGUAGCCACAAGAGUGGGUUUCUAGCCAGCAGAACCCACUCUGAGGCAGCCCUCUAGCCCAGGGUGAACAACUCUGCCCUCAAAGAGUAUCCAUCUGACAGGGAAACGGGUUUUCCAGUAGCAGGGGAGAGGUUGGCUCUUGUCCUUAUCUUGUGGUUUCUUGGCCUAAGGGGUGCAGACUCUAUCCUUGGAGAGACCCCAGCUCUAGGGGGAAGACAUCGGUCCUAGCAUCAGGAAGCUCUUCUUCCUGGGAAGUGGCGAACCCCACAAGGAAUUCGCAGACUGGACGGAGUUGUAGGCCUCACGUUUGGGGAUGGGGAGGAGCAACGGAGGGAGCAGAGCGCAUCGGGGGAGUCAGGGAGGCAGGAAUGCUCUGGAGGCAGCAGCGCUGGGCCCUGCCACCCACGCGGGAGACCUGGAUGGCGUUCCAGACUCCUGGCUUCGGCCUGGCCCAGCCCUGGCUGUUGGGCAUUUGGGGAGGGAACUAGGGGAUGAUUCUCCUUUUUUUUCUUUCUCUCUCCUCUUUCUCCUUCCCUUCC